CGGUAGGUACAAUUGAUCUGGAUUAACCCCUCUGGAAACCACUGGAGCACGGAUGGGCUGCUGUCCUAUUGGCCCUUACGAUUGUCCAAGUCGCACCUUCCCAAUCAUUACUUACUUGGGUGCGUAACAGUAUCCAAUGAGAAUUGGCCCCCUUUUGCCCUUCGUCUCCAUGGGUAUUUUGGGGGCUUUUUAAGUACAAAUCUCUCUCACACGCCACGGCACAUCCGUGAGGCCCCAUCUUGCAUUUUCUAAAACGUCAGAACUGCUUCUCACCAGAAUUGUUUUCGAGCUGACAUCGACGACCAAGGCGCAAAAGUGUUCUUACGGGCACCUGCAUGUUGUUCGUUACUACAUGUAGCUAGUACCGCUUACGGCUGCAUUGGUUUGUUCUUGUUGAACGAGGAAGAUUCGAUUCGAUUCAUGUCCGAGAUUCCUCCUUUGGGCAUUGGAGAUGUUUGUUGCUAUAAAAGGCCGGGUAAAGAGCUCAAUAGAUACGCGAGAACCCUACAAGCUACUGUUUCGACUAGCCAGCAACUAAGCCGGAGUUGAAGAGGCUUCGAGAGGGAGAGGAAUCAAAAUCGCAUCAACAUCAAAAAGAGAGAGGUUGAAAGAAAGUUUGUGGCUCCUCUAUCUGUGGAGCUUUCAUUGGCCUCGUUUUUGAUCAUCUACUGUUGUUCCCUGGCAAGACUGGCUAGUUCGUCGACCCUUGAUCAACUAUCCGAGGAGUGUACAGUAUUCGACCCAGAAAGCAACCGAGUAUGAUGGCGGUAACCCCAAAAGUGAAUCUCCGCGGGAAUCUCGCAACAAGCGGUCUUCUGUUUUGUGUCACUCUGGUUCUGUUGGCAGGGACAGCAUUAGCUUUUUCAGCAGUGGAAAGGGUAGGUCUGAUUCCAUCCAGCAAAGGACCAGCCACUGCUGCAUGUGGUUUCCAGAGACAGCAAAGAUGCCUCUUUAAUCCUCUUUCUUCCGCGACAAAACUGAAUCUCUCGCGUGGAGGACCUCCUUUCCGCAGUCAAGAUGGCAGAGAUGAUGACUAUCGUAGAGGCAACAAGAAUGGAAAGGAAGAUCGGAGGAGUGCUUCGCGGUCAUCCAUGGGUCAAGGCUUUGGUGGUGUAUUCCGUGGAAGGGCCAGCAACUCGACCACUGGUGGUAGUGCAGCCAUAUUCAUGGACCCUCCUGAAACUCACAAUGAAGUAACCGAAGAACAAAUGGAAGAAAUGACAGAGAGAAUGACACAGUUGGAAAGCCUGGUGGCAAAGCAAAGUGUGGAAAUUCGGCGGCUGAAAGAUGAGUGCAGCAGUCUUCAAGAUGCUACAAAGUCUUUUCACCAAGUAAUUGAACUGCUUAGGGCUGCUGGGUUGCAAACAGACGAAUCGCCAGCCAGUGCUUCCAAACCAUCUCUCACCGCUGAAGAUACAGCAGCAAUGAGUAGUACACGCAUCAGAGGCAACAACAAUGACAUUGACGAUGAGAAUGUGUUCUCGGAAGAUGGCAUGGAUAAUAGUGAAGCCAUCAUAUACGAGUAUUUUGAUGAUGCAGAGAUCUUUGGAGAAGCUCCUUCAUCAGUCACAGAUGCCGCUGAUCAUGCGGGUGCUGCCAUUUUGGCGGGAUUGUUGGGCGGCAAGCAACGCAUGCUAGUUGAUGUGCGAGAUUCUGAGUUGAGUCUAGACCCUGGAACUCUGGUACAAUUCAUUGAACUUGCCAUUUUGCCGGUUGCUGCAGGUCUUGAAGGCCUUCUUAGCAAACGGAAUCGAGUCAAGAUUGUCUUCCCAACAGUGUCGCAAUUGCUGCAGUACCGAAAGACAAUGGCUUUGGCAGCACCAGAAGUAGUGGCUUUGAGUACCCUGGGAUUUGACCCAGUGGAGGAAGGAGACAACAUUGUUGUGAUUGUAGCUCCAUCACCCGAUGAUGAAGAGGGUUUGCAAGUCAUGAAUGAUCUGCUAGAUCCACCUGAUUGGAAGCAAGAGCAACGAAUCACGCAACCUGUUGUAGUCUUGAAUCCUCACAUGGCACCACUAACGGGUCCAGCUGCCAGUUUUGAUGCCAUGUACCAUCUACGGCUCCUGUCAGUGCAGUACAUGUCAGGCAAUCAUGCCGAUUCACACUUUGAAUCUUUCAACGAUGACGAGGCUCGAGACACGGACCAAGCAUCCAAGGAAACGAAGAAGCCAGAUGAUGCUCUCCUGGAACAAGCCAUGAGGCGUGCACAUGAAGCUGGUGUGAAUCACGGUGUAACCCGAGCUAUGGUGGUUCGCGCCUAUCCAAAGCCAUGGCACGUCUUUGUGGAUAUUUCUCCCGAUACAGAUGCUGAUUUUGUCGUCGCUGCUACAUUUGAUGAAGAGCCAACGGUUGACGAGGUGAAUAUGUCCAUUGUUGAAUGCAUUGAAGGCAGUGAAAGUGAGGAUGAGAUAGUUGCACAGCAAAUGCAGCAAGCUUUUGAAUCGCAAAACGAAAAACUUGAGGUUGACAUGAAAGAAGACGACGAAGAUGAUGAAGAGGACGACUGGUACAACCAGUGGACAGAGGACAGUAUCUAGCUAGGUUACAGCUCUACUGAAGCAAUGUCAACGUUGCUUGGGUGCACAGCACACAAAAGAGUUUCGCAAGAUUCAUUCAAGACAACAAGUGUCCUCUCUGACUCUUGCUCCCUUGUGAGCCUUGCAAGAUUGAACCAUUCCAGUUUUUGCGGACCUAGCUAGUUGGGUGCAGUGUUGUGAGCUCCUGCGUGAGCAGCUGAAAUCUUCUCUUCGAGUUUUGCACUCUUGGCCCUGCACAACUCAAGUUCCUUCUCAAGACGAUCAGUCUUUUCAAUGGCCAAGCGCAUGGCAUUUGUCAUCUGCAUUUGCAGCUCUGCUAUGGUUUUUACCACCUCAUCAUCCUUCUCUUCUCGCAGCUUCGCGUUUUCUUCCUUGAGAGCUUCGAUCUCGCUCCUCAGUUUUGGCAGCUUUCCGAGCAAAGCAGCACGCGACACAAUUUUAGCUUUCGUUGCCGAUAUGGAGCAAGUAUGGAGAGCGAGAGAGAGAGGGCACUCACCAUUUCAAAUAAGUUUCUAAACGGAAGAAUCCCUUUCUCAUAGCUCUUUGAUUUGAGGAGGAGACGAUUUCGUAGCUUGUGAUUCUCCUGG